AUCUAAUCUUAACACUAAGAAAUUGAAAAAAGUUUGUAUUUCAGCUAAAAUCACAUUGAAAGGUCUAAUCUGAUAUGAUGUAAGUGUGAUAUCAAAGGUUAAUGAAUGCAUGUAGGCUUUGUUUCAUUUUUAUUCCUAGUUAUAUCAAACAUAAUAAAGAGGCGUCAUCAAUGUCGUGCAUUGCUGACACAAAUUACCUCUCAGAAUCUUCAAAGGGCAUAGAAGAGGCAAGCCAAGUCAACAUUGCAGCUGGAAGCUACAUUCUUUGUGGGGAAUCAUCCAAGCAACACUUGGCUUCUUUAGUGGAAUUGGGAGACGAUACUGAUAGGUGUGUAUCGUUUCUUGGCUUUUCUUCUUCUCGCCAGGUUCAGGGGGAAAGAAGAACAAGAAACUCUUUUGGGUUCCGGCUAUUAUGCCUUGAUUUCAGUUAUCAUCUCGACAGACAGCUUGUGUUUAUGGUUUUUGUGCUGACAAGAAAAAGUGUCCAAAUUGUGGGGGCCAUCACAGGGAAUCAAUCCUUGGCCUCUCCAUAAAAGCAAACAUUUAUUUGUGGGUUUCAGGAUUGGUUUGGUGUUAUUGCAGGAUUGAUCGGACUUAUGGUUAAUUUGUUUCUGAAAGUGAUGAAAUGAGGAAUGGAAUUUGACCAUUGACACAGAUGGAUAAAUAUAAUUAUUGUGUGGAAUGUGGAAUGAAAUUACGAUUAUUGUGUGUU